AUGACCCAAUCCCUAAUGGCUUCACGCUCAUCGUUACCGUCGAACGGUGCUAAACAGAGACAACUAUCACAACUCCAUACCAAACUAGCCACUCUCUCCGCCAAUCUAGCUGAUCUAGAAAAUCUUUUGAGAAUGACCAGUGUGCAAGCUGAAAGUAUUAAAUCGCUCGGAGCCUGGCAUGGCGGCCUCUUUAUGGCGGCUUCCAAAGUUCUAGGCGAAGAGACUUCUACGGCACCUUCAAAUGGGUCAGCCCAAGUUGAAAAGAAGUGA